AUGGGUCAACAAAUGGGUCAACAGAAUGUUUCCUCACCUGUGGGACAACUUGAGGAGGUUUCUUGUGGUUUUUGUAGUGAGGCUCAUACCUUUGACAAUUGCCCAUUCAAUCCUGCAUCUGUGUUUUACAUGGGAAGUCAGAAUGCCUACAACCAAACAUACAAGCAACACCCAAACUUGGCAUACAGAAAUCAAGGGGAUGGUACUAGUAAUUCAUCUAUGCUUCCUAGAUCCAACUUUCCACCUGGUUUUUCUCAACAAGCCUAUCAACAAAGACAACAACAAGGUGUCCAAACAAGUUCUCUUGAGAGUAUGAUGCGUGAGUUCAUGGCCAAGACAGAAAAUUUCAUGACAAGAACUGAGAGUUAUAUGGCGAAGAAUGACACUGCGAUCCAAAGUCAAGCAACCUCCAUGAGAACUCUAGAAAAUCAAGUUAGGCAACUAGCUAAUGAGCUUCGAAAUAGGCCACAAGGUACUUUGCCUAGUGAUACUGAAAAUCCAAGAAGAGAUGGAAAAGAGCAUUGCAAGGCGGUAAUCUUGAGGAGUGGUAAAGUUCUGGAGUCAAACGAGGAAGAAGCUAAGGAUAAGAAUGAGCCCACUUCAAUCCAAAGUCGAGCAAUUCCUCAUCAAAAUGCAGCAGAAAAGUUACUUAGCAAGCCACCCCCACCAUUUCCUCAAAGAUUUAAAAAGCAGCAAGAAGAUGGCCAAUUCCAAAGAUUUCUUGAUGUUCUAAAGCAGCUCCACAUCAACAUACCAUUAGUGGAAGCUUUGGAGCAAAUGCCCAACUAUGUAAAGUUUUUGAAGGACAUUUUGACAAAGAAAAGGAGGCUAGGUGAGUUUGAAACAGUGGCUUUGACGGAAGGGUGUAGCGCCAUGUUGAAGAGCAAAAUUCCUCCUAAGUUGAAAGAUCCCGGAAGUUUUACAAUCCCAUGCACCAUUGGCGGAAGAGAUGUGGGUAGAGCUUUAUGUGACUUGGGAGCUAGUAUUAAUUUAAUGCCCAUGUCUAUUUUCAAGAAGUUGGGAAUUGGAGAAGCAAGGCCAACCACCGUCACUUUGCAAUUGGCCGAUCGUUCCAUGGCCCAUCCGGAAGGAAAAAUUGAAGAUGUCUUGGUGCAAGUUGAUAAGUUUAUUUUUCCGGCCGAUUUCAUCAUUCUUGAUUAUGAGGCGGAUGCAGAAGUUCCUAUUAUUUUGGGAAGGCCAUUCCUUGCUACCGGGAGGACCUUGAUUGAUGUGCAAAAAGGGGAACUUACUAAGCUGGUGAAUGAUCAACAAGUGACUUUUAAUGUGUUCAAUGCCAUGAGGUUUCCGGAUGAGAUUGAGGAAUGCUCUCGCAUAAGUGUGAUUGAUUCUAUUGUUCUUUGA